AUUGGUUUCUUUUAGGCGCGAGAGAGAAUAAACAAUUUGGGCAGGGCCCCAUCACACGCUCUGUCCAAUCUGUCAUCCCCCGCCGGCGCUCCUCUGUUUCAACCCUUCCUUCUUUAUACUUCAUCUCCUCUCUUCUUUGGAUUCCAUCCCAUUUUCACACUGAUUAUGGCCGAUUCCAAAUCCGACCGAUCGCUAUUCUCUCUUUCUCCCGAAAUGUUGCAGAUUGAUGGAUCGCCCCUUGAUACCAAGGAGACUCAUGGAAGGCGAAUUGACAUUGAUGAGAACACCCCGUUGGAUGAAGUCAAGGCGCCAAACGUGUUUGAGAGAGUGAAAGAGGAGAUUGAGGCGCUUGUCCAAACGAUCCAAGCAAAGGAUGACACUGUGGCAGCAGAGUCCAAAGAGGAUAAAACAGAAUCUCAAUCAGAUGGUACAGUGAUAGCAGCAAAGGUACUUGGAAGAGCAAAGGAUGAGAUUGAGAAGAUGUUGCACAUUAAUAAAACGAAGGAAACUCAUGGCCAGCGUGAUGACAUAGGAGAGGAUACCCCUUUAAAUGAAGUCAAAGCUCCAAAUUUAUUAGAGCGUGCAGUGGAAGAAUACGAGGCUUUUAUGCAAACCAUUAAUUCUAAUAAAGAAUCUGUCUCCGAUAAAAGGGAUGAAAUUGUGGCAUCAAUGCAGAAAGAAGCAAUGCUUCUCUCAGAAAUUAGUUCAAAUGAGAAAAUUCCAAUCAAUGGAGUGAUGGGGCCAAAUAUUCUUGAGAGAGCAAAAGAUGAAAUGGAGGCACUUGUUCAUACCAUCCAUCCUAAGAAGGAAACUGAUUCACUAGCCAAAGAAGGAUUUCUUAUGAAACUCGGAAAAUGUUUGGAAAUAAUAUGCUCUCCGUCGAAAAAGAAGGAUGAUUAAAGCCAAAGUUCUGCAGAAGUCGGUAUAUUGCCUCAUUUCCACAAGAAGAAUUUGACAAUCAAGUAUAGUUUCUAAGCCUUUUCAUCUGUAUUGUGUAAUCCUUUUCAUCUGUAUUUUCUCAUUUCCAUAUGCUUCUUUGAAAUUCAUCCACUUUUUCUUUCUGCGUUAUUGUAAUACAGGAACUUUGUACUUUUCCAUUUUGGGAAUUUGUAAUUUGACAAUCAAGUAUAUUUCACUACUGUAAUUGUGUAUCCAUUAAGCUGAAA